GUGCAUUUGUUUGUUUUCUUAUGUUGGUAGAAGUAGGAAACUGCGAGUCUAUCUCAGUCAUACUGAUUCUAUAUGUAUGUUAUUAUGCAUGUGCUGUGAGCCGCAAAGGCUUUCAAAUGUGCAUUCUGUUUUCUACUAAUCAAUACAAGUUCAGACACAGGAAAGAAGAAGAGGCGGCAAGUAAUCAUUGCAGUAACAAUCACUAUUUCCAUCCUUUUACUGGGCUCCGUUACUUGUUAUUUCUGUAGGCGAAAUCUCACGCCUAAAGGGAAUCAGGAAAGAAGCCAAGAAGUAUGGUUGCAUGAGUUACGAAAUAAUGGGUCAGAUGACAGGGAAUCAAUCAAUGCAAACAUGCACAGAGAAGGCAGGAGGAAGGGUCUGGAGUUGCCGUUAUUCAGCUUUGCAACUGUAGUAGCCGCUACAGAUAACUUCUCUCCAACAAAUAAGCUUGGGCAGGGCGGUUUCGGCCCUGUUUAUAAGGGUAAGCUGCCCGAGGGACCAGAAAUUGCAGUGAAAAGGCUUUCGAGAAGUUCUGGACAAGGUCUAGAAGAGUUCAAAAAUGAGAUUAUACUUAUUGCCAAACUACAACAUAUGAAUCUUGUUAGGAUCUUGGGAUGCUGCAUCGAAGGAGAAGAAAAGAUACUACUCUACGAAUACAUGCCCAACAAAAAUCCAACCAAAGGAAAGCUUUUAGAUUGGGGAAAACGUGUCCACAUCAUCAAUGGAAUUGCUCAAGGGCUUCUCUAUCUUCACAAGUACUCCAGAUUGAGAGUUAUUCACAGAGAUCUUAAAGCCAGUAACAUUCUCUUGGAUGGUAAGAUGAACCCCAAGAUAUCAGAUUUUGGCAUGGCGAGAAUUUUCGGGCGAAAUGAAUCAGAGGCAAAUACAAAUAGGGUUGUUGGAACUUAUGGUUAUAUGUCUCCCGAGUAUGCAAUGGAGGGCCUUUUCUCAGAGAAAUCUGACGUCUUUAGCUUCGGAGUCUUACUUCUAGAGAUUGUCAGUGGCAAGAAGAACACCAGCUUUUAUCAUUCCGAUAGGUCUCUAAACCUUCUGGGAUAUGCAUGGGAAUUGUGGAAGGAUGGUAGGGUCUCCGAGUUGAUGGACCCGAUGUUAGGUGAUCCAACAUCUACCUGCUGCAACAUUUUGAGAUUCAUCCAAAUGGGACUCUUAUGUGUGCAGGAAAGUGCGAAGGAUAGACCCACCAUGUCCGACGUUGUUUCUAUGCUUGGUAACGAAAUGGCAACAUUGACUAAUCCGAAACAACCAGCAUUCUUUCUAGGAAGAAGGGGUCUUGAGGAGAAUUCAUCUAAAAACAGAACAGAGAAUUGUUCCAAUAAUGAUUUAACCAUUUCUGAGAUAGAAGCUAGAUAGACAUUCCCACUUCAGAACAGAGUAUGCCUCUUUUUCCAAUCAACGGAAGUUUUAGUUGGUUGAAGUUCAAAUAAUUCUUACCAUCUUAUGUCAGUCAGAUUAAAUGAAUAUGUUGUAUCCUCCCAUAUGAGACAAUGUUUAGUAUG